AUGCCUGCCACCGGAGCCAUGGCUAUUCGUCAUUCUAUCCACCGACAACAUACUAGUACGACGAUGGUCGCCUAUACCGAUAGUCAGCUAUUUCACUCGCCUUGCAACCAGAGCACCCCAGUCCCACAUGAGAAACUCGUCGACGCCAUGAAAGCGUUUCUUGCUAUCGAGCCAGGAAUUGAAGAAACGGUCGAGAACAAGAAGUUAUUCAAGCUCAUAAACAAGUAUUUCAACCCCGCCGUUCAUCUAUCUGCACCAGAUAUCGGGUACCUUUACAAGCAACUCCACCAGCGACUUCAAGGUUCAGCAAUCGGGACUCUGGCUGAAGAAUAUAUCGACGACCUUGGCAUCGCGCCGUUCAACAGAUACGAGUCUUUCUCCCUCUCCGGGUGGCUGAGCACAGCGUCGACGGAGAAAGCAGGCCUGUGGGAAGACUUAUUCUCCGUUGUCGACAAGUCCAGCCUCUUCGCCGACCUGUACAGCGGAUCUUCAGAUCCUCCAGCGAAAGCCAUACAGUACAUUGCCGCCGCCAUGGCGGAAUGCGGAAUCACCCCUGGAGUAGGAGCCGAUCGCAUUAACGCUCUUAUACGAGGCUCGAAGCUCGAGCUCGAUGGCCCGUGA